AUGUUAAGGCAAACACUGAAAUUUAGAAAGACAAUUUCAUUUCUGUGUGUGCUAUCUCUACUGAUAUUAAUAUAUCUGAUCAUCACAAAAUCGAACAGUGAACAUGGGCGGACUCACUACAAAAUAGCUGAAGAGAAAAGGGACAUCACAUUUAGAGGUUUUAAUAUUUUUCCCAAGGACGAAUAUAAUAAUAUAAAUAAAAUGAAUUUGCAAUCAUCAAAUGAAGUAACAAGCGAUGAUACAAAACAUGAGCUUGCUGAAGCAAAAAAUCGAAUACAAGAAUUAGAAAAAAAGAUUGCUAUUUUAGAAGGAAGAAUGCCUCAAAAGUACCCUGAAGUAAAGUUUUUAGGAUAUAAAGAAAGGAGGAGAAUCUUAGUGACAGGAGGAGCUGGUUUUGUUGGCUCACAUUUAGUUGAUAUUCUCAUGAUGAAAGGUCAUGAAGUUAUUGUAGUCGACAAUUUCUUUACUGGCCGGAAGAGAAACGUUGAGCAUUGGUUCGGGCAUCGUAAUUUUGAAAUGAUUCAUCAUGAUAUCGUCAAUCCGUUGUAUGUUGAAGCAGACGAAAUAUAUCAUUUAGCUAGUCCUGCCAGCCCACCGCAUUAUAUGCAAAAUCCUGUUAAAACAAUCAAGACUAAUACUCUAGGAACUAUAAAUAUGUUAGGUCUCGCCAGACGCGUCGGCGCUAGAAUACUGAUCGCAAGCACUUCAGAAGUAUAUGGAGAUCCUUUGGUGCAUCCACAACCCGAAUCUUAUUGGGGCCAUGUUAAUCCAAUUGGCCCUCGAGCGUGUUACGACGAAGGCAAGAGAGUUGCAGAGACACUGGCGUAUUCGUACGCAAAACAAGAGAAAGUUGACGUGAGAGUCGCUAGGAUAUUCAACACGUACGGACCUAGAAUGCAUGUUUCAGACGGUCGUGUAGUUUCUAAUUUCAUAAUGCAAGCUUUACAGAAUUUAACUAUUACAGUUUAUGGUAACGGAAAACAGACCCGAUCGUUCUGCUACGUGUCUGACCUUGUCGAUGGACUGCUAGGCUUAAUGGCUUCUAGUUAUACAUUACCUGUUAACAUUGGGAACCCGGUAGAACAUACCAUAGAAGAAUUUGCAAUGAUCAUAAAGAAUCUAGUCCCCGGGUGCCGCAGUACUGUGGCCACGGGAGCCGCGGUCGAGGACGACCCUCAGCGGCGCCGACCUGAUAUCGCAGUGGCGGAGGCUCAUCUACACUGGAAACCUAAAGUAAGCCUACAGGAAGGCUUGCAAAGAACCAUCGACUAUUUCAAAGAAGAAUUAUCAAGGACUACACUUUACAAUAAUCAAACUUAUGUAGAUAUGAAAGUCAAUCAUCAUUAGUAUAGUUAUUAACUUAAUUUUAAUGUGAUAUUAGAAUUACAUCAACCGAACUAUUUUAUGAACAUAUAGUUAUGUCUAAAUAAUAUGAAAGACCAAAAAUCAAUUCGACUAUGGUGACCCAAAACGAACCAAUACGAUUUCAAUUUAUGAAACAGGAUUUUCGAAUUAUUGCUACAUUAAUACAUACAUAUAUGCGGCUGAUUAUAUUAUAAUUAUCUUAUUUUUUGAUUAUCAAAAAUGGGACGUUUUGAUAUGCCUUGUUUUGCCAUAUUUGAACGGUGAAUAGACCAUGACACCGUAGCUUUGGACCUGUUUUAUAGUGACAGUGGAUUCAUGUGUCUGUUGGUUUUAGGAGACGCCUAGUCGGUGGGUAAUAAGUGUGCAUUCACAACCGUUGACACCGCGACCGUAACAAUAAUACAAUUUGUAACCUUGGUCAAUGUCUACUAAUUUUAUGCGUGUUAAAUGAUAUAUCCUAAAUAAUCAUAUUAUCACAGGGCGAUUCUAUAUAUAUAUAUAUAAAUAUGCGAUAUUUCCUAAAAUUUCAACAUAUCUUCAUCUGGCUGAAUAUUUUUAUUGAGUGUUCGUUAUUAUCACCAAAAGCGUAUAGCUUAGUGCCUACAUACUAGCACAAACAAGUCGCUUCGUAAAGAUUAUUAAAUUGAUUAGUUAAAUAAGAGACGAUGAAAAUUUUGAUUAGUUCUCAUUUUUAUUUAAGGUUAACCAUACGGUUGUUUCUAGUAUAGUAUUUUUUAUGCUAUUGUUUGUACAACUCAACAAUCUAUAAAGUAGUAAAUAAAGAAAUUUAUUUAUAACAUGUAGGUAUAUGGUACAAAUAUUUUCUUCUAUCUAUAGUAUCGAGUUUCCUCUGAAAUAUCCGUUGUUUUUUAUGAAUGAGCUGGUAAAAGUCGAAUAAAGAGCGAGAUACGACCAUUUUGUAUUUUGAAAAUAAAUAUUCUCGAUCUACCAAUAAUAAUGCUUUUGUUCUACAACUGAACUUGGACGUUAAUGUCGGAUCAUUGGAUUGUUUACUGUAAUAAUAUGCCGUACCGUAUCGCGUAAGGGAACCGUUGUCGGAAACAAAAGACACGAUAUAGAUAUUAUCAUGACAACAUAAAAAAGGUUUUUUUUUUAUGUAGUUUAUUUUUGUUGUUUAGUUCUUAAGUUUCAUUUUAUUAUUGUACGCCAUUUGAUACGGAAAUGACGGUGCGCGCAGUCAAACGAUUUGUAUUUGUAACAAGUUUGUAACUAAAACCAUCAUUGUCUGUGCCGAGCCUAAUGAAUAUUUAUGUAUACGUUAAAUUAGUCAUGCCAACAACUAUAAACUCAUUAAAGUUUAAAAUAAAUUGUCAUCCAGUUAUAGAUACAAAAUGCAACGCAAUUAGUCAGCAUCUUCUACCUAAUCAAAAUAAAAUCCAGACUGACAGACCCAUUUGCACAUAAAUGUACAAAGUGACGAAUUACAGAAAUAAGAGAAUAGUUGAAUAGAUCAAAAUUUUAUUCAGUUGGGAUGAAUCGAUGCCAAAUAUUUCCUGCCGUCUACCGCCGUACAUAAAAAAGAUGUGUGGUGUCGUGGGACACCUGAUAA